AUGAAGCGCAUAGUGGGAAGCCCGGGGACAUGGAGCGGCAUGGCGCUCCGGGUGUCGCAGUGCGUCUUCGCCGCCGGAUCCGUCUUCGCCAUGUUCUCUGCUUAUGGCUUCUCCAACUACAGCGCCUACUUCUACCUGAACUUUGCUUCGGUGCUGCAGUUUCUGUGGAGUUUGCCCCUUGCUUGUCUGGAUAUCUUUUCUCUCAGGAAUCAAAAGGAUCUUCACGCACCGGCUCGUCUAUUGCUCAUUGUUAUCGUCGACUGGGCCGUGGCGGUUCUCAUGUUCUCAGGAGUUUGUGCCGCCGCCUGCCUGACGAUUUUCUUCAUGAAAGAUGUGAACUUCUGUGAGGGGUUCUCGUGGCUGGCCUGCAAUCAGUUCGCGCUUUCGGUCACUCUGGCAUUCAUCACGUGGUCGCUGCAAGCUGCGUCUUCUUUCUCCGGGUUCUGGCUACUGGUCUCGUUCUUCUAG